GAAUCCCAAUUCCAAUCAACAAAAAACAUAUCAAAAGUAGAAAAUGGAGACCGUGGUCAUUGUAAAACCCUCUACGUGGAAAUUGUAUUUAACGGAAUCCCAAUUCCAAUCACCUUAAUGAUCCAUUUCUCUAAUAACUCUUCAUUCAAUUUCCCAAUCAAUUCACUGACAGAAACCCAAAAAAAUCAAAACUUAUACGAAAAUUUUAUUAUAAAAUUGUAUACAUAAUAACAUUUGUGUAUAAAAGGAUCAUUUGUAAAAUGGGUCAGGCAUUUCGUCGAGCAACUGGAAGGAUCGGAAGUUCUUCUGUCGAUGCAGCUUCAUCGCAACUGAAGAAACCUAUCGACCGGAGACCCCCUCCGGUGAAUAAAACUCCUGCCGAUAAUGUUGGUCCAGUUGCCGAGAGCAGCCCAAAGGUUGCUGUUAAAAACACCCUGGAAGAGAGAGAUCCCAAGUUCAAUGCAAUGCUUAAUCAAAUGGUUGGUAGAAUUCAAGCCAAGCCUGGUGGAAAGCUAGAGAUGGGUGAGGCAACAGUGGUGGAGAAGUAUGAUAGACCCUUGCCUAAGCUAAGGAAUACAACAUCACAGUCUAGCAGAUAUGAGGAAAGGCCUGCUCCUGCAGGUACGCUGAAUGUGGCACAGAUAAGAGAAAUUAUACUCCUGCAUCAAGGCAGAUCCGAUGAUCAUAAAGGGCCUAUGGAUAUCAAUGGAAUUGCUGAGCGGUUUCGAGUUGAUGCUGCCCAGGUUCAGAGGAUUCUCCAGUUUGUAUCUUUGCCUCCAGAAGACACUAGUAAAAAGAGGAACACAUAAGUGUGUAUCAUAUUUUAUUGUCAUGGAUAGUUCAAAGAAAGAGUGAGUUCACGCUUCCCCUGAGAUUCCCCUUUAUGCAUCAAUUUUGCAGCUGUUACGUUCAUAUGUUGUAAUAAGGAUCUACCAUCAUGGUCCUGGUGAAAAAAUGAAUACAGUAGUCAUGUUAACUUUAGAUACUGAUCCUAAUGAUGUUUGUUUUACCAGAAGAGAACCUUUUUUUUUUAUCUUUCA